CAGCCUGUGCCAGUGCAGCCGGUGGGGUCGGUACUCCAGUCCCCCCUCAAGCCGCCAGCCCUCACAGCCCCAGCCACGCUCUCCCACGGCCACGACGGACACAAGGAGCAGCGGCACCCACCGUGGCCGUGCCAUGGGCAGGAUGCAGACGGGGACGAUGCAGCUCCCAGCCGCUCCGUGGAGCUUUCCCUGGGGUCCGUGUUCAGCCGGGGCUGGCAGCUUGCAUCAAGGCUGCCAGGGCUCGUCGCCCCUCGCAGGCUCCCCUUUGCCAAAGCCCAUUUGCAGUCAGGACGUGGAGCCUGGCCGGUGGAGCCAGCGCUUGGCAGGGCAGGACGGCGCCCGAGGCCCCAGCGGGAACGUGCGCGGCCUCGAGAAGCCCCCGAGCUGCCCGAGACCCCCAAAGGCUGCACCCUGAGCACGGCUCUGCCGUGUCCAAACCUCACGCUCACGGGAUGCUUUGCACACCCGCACCCAUCCCUGGCACCUCUGGGUGCUGCGGACGCGCUCGCAGGGGUGCGACCCCCCCCCGGUGCUCCCUGCCACCCCCACUGGGGGCACGUCACCGCCAUGGCUCCUGCCUGGCACCGGCCCAGGUCCCCGCUGGCCGAGGGUGCUGGCGGGGAGCCCAGCACCACGGGGCUGCCCCUGCUCAGCUGUCGCUGUCUGUGAGGCUCCCCGUGACAGUCCCGCUCUGCUCGGCCUCGCCACCGGCACCCAGCCCCCCCGUGCUCGCAGUGCCUGCGGUCCCCGCGCAUGGACCUGAGCCACGUCCCCGCCGCCCGCGAGAAGGGCUGGUACCUGGCGCUGAUGGCCCCCAACACCAAAGGUCCCAACUACGCCUGGCUGGACCCGUCCCGGCUCUACUGCCACCCGCAAGGCUUCCAGGACUGCGUGGCCGACCUGCUGCAGCCCUUCCAGGGGGACCCCAUCGACCUGGUGGCCGGCAUCGAUGCCAUGGGCUUCAUCCUGGGUGCCGCCGUGGCCGCCGCGCUGCGCAAGGGCUUCCUGGCCAUCCGUAAAGCCGGGCACCUCUGCGUGGAGACGUUGUCGGAGCCCUACAGCGACUACUCAGGCCGAGAGAAGGUGAUGGAGGUCCGCACCGACAUCGUCUCGCCGGGUGUGCGCGUCCUCCUCGUGGACCAGUGGGUGGAAACCGGGGGCACCAUGCGAGCGGCCAUCCGCCUGGUGGAGCGGCUGGGGGGGGGUCGUGGCAGGCGUCGCGGCCAUCUGCAUCGAGGACAGCGAGGGCGCGCGGUGGAUCCGGGAGCGCUACAAGUGCGCCCACUGCGUGCCCCCCCCGCCUGCAGCCACGCUUCGACCGCCACCAGUCGGGCUGGGAAUGAUGCUGGGGCCGGCACCGUGCGCCCGCCGUUUGGGGUAUUUUCUGCCCGGUCUGGGUUUUGGCUUAACAACUCCUCCAGCACCGCGCCGCUGGCUCUGCCUCCUGCCCGCCAGCCCGACGCCUUUUUUAAAAAGCAUAAAAAAAAAACGUUUUAUUAAAACAAACGGAAGGCUGGGG